AUUGUUUUAAAAAACCUGAGAAGUAUGGCUAACGUUAUCAAGAAGGUUGUGCCAAUGCUGGAUCGCAUUUUAAUACUGCGCGCCGAGGUAAAGACUACUACAGCAGGAGGCAUCUUGCUGCCAGAGGACUCAGUGCCCAAGGAGAUGCAGGGUGUCGUCGUAGCUGUGGGACCCGGAGCACGUAACCCCGUUGGUGCUGGACACUUGCCGGUGGGCGUCAAGGAGGGCGAUCGUGUGCUCUUGCCGAAAUAUGGCGGCACCAAGGUGGACAUGGAUGAUAAGCGCGAAUACGUGCUAUUCCGCGAAAGCGACAUCUUGGCCAAGCUGGAAUAAGCCAAAGUCCAUACACUGCAUCGACUAUCGGCCCAUUUUACAUGAAACAUCGCACACUUAGACAGAUCGGGGACUUAUAACACAGUUCAGAUACAAUACACACAACCCACACUGCGUUCGAAACUAAAUGAUUGAUGAAAUGUUGUAUUUGGUAGCUAAACACUUGAAUAAUAAUACUACACUUGAUAAUACUAAGGAGCACAGGCACAUCACAGGCGACUUACACAACUAUGUUAGGAUAUGACAAUAAACAAUUGUUCAGAUUGCGUUUUUUCUUUAAAGAGCA